CAUCUUGGUUUUAAUUAUGGUAAUGAAUCUACAACUUACUAAAAAAACUAUUCAAUGUGCAUUGCCAUUUUUAUUUUUAUCUGUAUCCAGCGUAGAUAUACAUUUAAUUAGUUUGCUAGCCAUGGACGGCAAAAAUGAUACCUCCAAGUUGUUCGUAAAAGUUCUCGACAACGUUCCACUCAUGCAAAAGAUCGUUGAUCGUAACAUUGCAGGACAUUAUCAUACGACUAAUAGGUUUAAUACAAGUUGUACUGAGAAAAUGCAGUGUGGGGAUACAGCAAUGUUCUGCAAUGCAUGGACACUACUAUGCGACUGUACUAGAUUUUACUCCUGGAAUGAUAAAAUUAAACUAUGUGAAUUGAACCUGAAAGAAAUAACUGAUUGGUUGAAUAGGACCUCAAAUAACAAGCAAACAAAUGAUAUCAUUUAUUUAAAUGUAAAAGAUUUUGGAGAUCAUCUACCAAAAUAUUCUCUACCUUGGUCUAUAUUAAGCAUUAUGAUUAUAAGUUGCUUAUGCUUCUUUUCUUGUAUAAUUUACAUCUGUAUUGGUCAAAACAAAGUUGAUGAAGACAAAACUGUGUCCGCUGCAUUAUGUAAGCAACACGGUCAACACGUACAAGCACAUAGAUUACUAACACCAAUUGUAGAGAACAUAUGAUUAUAAAGUUGUAACUGAUCGUAAUAAUAAUUAAAAACAUAUUUGACAUGAAUAUAAUAAUUAAAU